AUGAAUACCCGCCAAUCUAUCGAUGAGUCCACCGGACCAUAUUCACUCUCCGCAACAUUUAAUCAUGAUAACAGCUGCUUCUCAGUGGGUUUGGACACGGGAUUUUGUGGAGAACCUUGGAAGAAGCUAGCUUAUAUCGUGAACUAUGGAGCUCAGGCUGAUGAACGACUCGAACAGUAUAUAAUGCCAACCCUUGUCUUAAGAGGUAAGCGAGUUAUCGUCAAGUUGAUAAUGUACAAAUAUAUUGAAGAACUUACCCUGACUGUCUUAUUCGCAUUUAAGAUUUCAAUGCAGGCAUUGGGGUGGCGGAAAUGCUUGGCCAGUCGAACUACUUGGCCAUUGUCGGGGGUGUUGGUUAUAUGGGACGAUGCCAAACAGAAAGCGGCCAUCACACUUGAAUUCCGCACCUCCGUCCUUGGUGUCCGUCUCUCCAAAUCAAAAAUUGUCGCUGUUUUACUAAACAGUGUCCAUGUAUUUGCAUUCUCCAACCCUCCCCAGAAACUCUCGGUCUUCGAGACCUCCGACAACCCUUUGGGGCUGGCCUGUCUCGAUAACAAGGUGCUGGCCUUCCCCGGCCGGUCUCCGGGCCAGGUCCAAAUGAUAGAGCUGGAGACCGGCAACAUCAGUAUCAUACCCGCACAUAGCACACCGUUGCGGGCUAUGGCCCUGAGUCCCGAUGGGAACUUGCUGGCGACUGCGAGCGAGGCCGGGACUCUGGUUCGUAUAUUCGCUACAGGAAAUUGCACAAAGCUGGCAGAAUUGCGACGUGGUGUUGACCACGCAGUGAUAUUCUCAAUUUCCUUUUCGCCGUCCAAUAAUUUACUGGCAGUAACAUCUGACAAAUCAACUCUCCACAUCUUUGAUAUCCCCCACCAGCAACCUGCUCGUCGCAGUCAGUCGCCAUCAUCAGCAUCCGAGGAAACAUCUAGUCACAAAUGGGGAAUCCUUGGCAAGAUUCCCCUGCUUCCUCGUGUCUUCUCGGAUGUAUAUUCAUUUGCCAACGCACAUUUUGAGAUUGGCGAGCAAGCCAACCUGGGCUCGCCACAUGUGCCACCGAUCGGGUCAUCAUAUGGUCGGCCUCAGAAAGGCCUCAUAGGCUGGUGCGAUGACCACACUCUGUUGGUAAUCGGAUCUGGAAAAGAAGGGCGCUGGGAGAAAUUUGUGAUUCGAGAUGGCGAGGAAGGCAAGAGAUAUUGUGUGCGGGAUGGCUGGAAAAGAUAUCUCGGUUGA